UACGGGCGUACGGAAGAAAUAUUAAUCGUCCCAGCAACCUUUGCGCCUUCUUUUUUUUCUUUGCGAGGAUACCAAGAUGUCUAAGCGAGGACGUGGUGGUUCUUCUGGUGCAAAAUUCCGCAUUUCCCUUGGUCUCCCUGUGGGAGCUGUCAUCAAUUGCGCAGAUAACACAGGUGCCAAAAAUCUGUACAUCAUCUCUGUGAAAGGGAUUAAAGGACGCCUAAACAGGCUGCCAGCUGCUGGCGUGGGGGACAUGGUAAUGGCUACUGUCAAAAAAGGCAAGCCAGAGCUCAGGAAGAAAGUACAUCCAGCAGUAGUGAUUCGUCAGCGGAAAUCAUACAGAAGAAAAGAUGGUGUGUUCCUGUACUUUGAAGACAAUGCAGGGGUGAUAGUAAACAACAAAGGCGAAAUGAAAGGUUCUGCUAUCACAGGCCCUGUAGCCAAGGAGUGUGCGGAUCUGUGGCCCAGGAUCGCCUCCAAUGCUGGCAGCAUUGCAUAGGCCUCUCUUGUGCUCUUUGUAAAAAAAUAAUAAUAAUAAAGUGGUUCUACUGAA